CGAUGUUUCAUGCUGCAGCUAAAACGCUUUCUGUUGCAACAACCGCUGCAGUAUCUCGGGGAGUAUUGUUCAGUAUUCGACAUUAUUGUAGGAGGACACCCGCAAAACUGAGAGUAUCCGAAGCGGUUUCAGGUGAUGAAUUGGGAGCGAAAAUCAAAGUACAGGGAUGGGUUCGCUCAGUUCGACCACAGAAGGCAAAUCUCUUCCUCCAUGUGAACGAUGGGAGCUCUCUGCAGUCACUGCAGGUCGUCGCAAGUUCAGAGCUGAAUGAUCAGUGAGUUGCUCACACAUUUGGUUGUGCGGUUGAAGUCACAGGAACUCUUAGGAAAAGUCCAAACCAAAAACAGCCCAUUGAACUGGAAGCAGACCAAAUCGAUGUAGUUGGAGAAUGCAAAACUGUGGAUUUUCCCUUCAAAAUCAAAGAGAGACACGGCCUUGAGUAUAUUCGCCAGUUUCCUCAUCUCAGGUGUAGAACAAAUGCCUUCAGCUCCCUGUUGAGAAUACGAAGUGAGGCCACUUCAGCAAUUCACUCGUAUUUCAAGGAAAAUGGCUUUGUGCAUAUUCACACUCCAGUCAUCACCUCAAAUGACUGCGAAGGAGCAGGGGAGCUCUUUCAGGUCGAGCCAGCAGGCCAAGAGAAUAAAGACGAAGAGAGCUUUUUCUCUGUCCCAGCCUUCCUGACUGUGUCCGGUCAGCUUCAUUUGGAAGUGAUGUCAGGGGCUUUUUCUAGAGCCUACACAUUUGGGCCAACGUUUCGGGCAGAGAACUCCCAAAGCAGACGCCACCUGGCUGAGUUUUACAUGGUGGAGGCUGAGGUCUCCUUCACACAGUCUUUAGAGGAUCUCACCAAGGUCAUGGAGGACAUGUUCAGAUCUGCCACGGAGCAUGUCUUGGCUCACUGUGUGGAGGAUGUGGAUUUGUUUCACAAGCAUGUGACUCCUGGACACAGGGACACUGUAGAAGCGAUGCUAAAGAAGAAAUUCCCUAUGAUAACCUACAGUGAGGCUAUUGACAUCCUAAACCGCAGCUCUCAGAAAUUUGUUUUCCCAACAGAUUGGGGUUGUGACCUUCAGACAGAACACGAGAAGUACCUGGUGAAACAUUGCGGCAACAUUCCAGUCUUUGUCACUGAUUAUCCGUAUGAUCUCAAGCCUUUUUAUGCAAGAGACAACCAGGAUCAUCCCGAGCAUACAGCAGCUGCGGUGGAUCUUCUUGUGCCAGGAGUCGGGGAGCUCUGUGGGGGCUCGCUGAGAGAGGAGAGGCAGGAUCUGCUGAGGGCUCGGCUGGAAGAGGUUGGAUUAAAAGACACCUACAGCUGGUAUCUAGAUUUAAGGCGAUUUGGCUCCGUCCCUCAUGGCGGUUUUGGACUGGGAUUUGAGCGAUAUUUGCAAUGUAUUCUCGGUGUGGACAACAUAAAAGAUGUGAUUCCUUUCCCUAGAUUUUCACAUUCAUGUCUUCUAUAAAACACUUCCAGCCCGGCAGAUAUUUAUUUUUAAAUCAGUGAAGUCUGUUUUUGAUGUCUGGCAAACAUCAAAUAAACACAAUAUUCAACAUUG